AUGUCCAAGCCGAAUACGCUCCGCAUCUCCGCACCAUUCGACCCACGUCAUGUGAGCGGCGCUGGUAUACCUGGGGCCGCUAUGCCUCUCCGCGAGAUAGAACCGGCGACCACCCAGUUAGAGCCCGAUGAAACCCCUUCCCACACAUUCGUCGCGACCGGAAAUAUUGAAGUUCCCAGGCGAUCAAACUCCAUCGCCGAAUCCUUCAGCCGACCGAGCCUACGCCUCAAGACGUCAAUAUCGUUGUUACGGGGGCACUCUCGAUCGAACUCUGCCUGUCCAGCGAGCGCACAAUCCAAGAAAAAGGAGGGAGAUUCUCCAAUGGACAACACAGAUACAAGCCCAUAUCAAAGGACAACACCAGUCCAGAGUCUGAGAAAGAAGCCCAGUUCUUCACGUCUAUGGAGGAAAGUCCAAUACGACGAACCACCAGCCCCAGCGCUUCCUCCAAAGCCUCAAAAACUUACACAUCAUGAAUCAAGGCCAUCCAAUGUAGAAAGCAAUCACCGCCACCCUUCCGCCCACGUCACCUCCUACGGAAGCGCUGCACCACCCCCUACUACCAAUCCCUACAAGUAUCGCAGUCAGUCAUUACCUGGAUACGCACCUAUCCCGCCUCCAAAGCCAGAGCCUCCCGUCCCCGUUAGGCCGAAGCGUGCUGACUCGGGAACUGCUAUCGAAUUCGACAGCAUUCCCCCAGCGGAGAGACCGCUUGGUUUCCAGGAGAUCCAGGCAGUUUCGAGCCGUGCGGAGCGUAUGGUGUUGUAUAAGAAUACUAGAGAGUAUUGGGCGACUGCAGAUCAUGGCUUGGACGAUUGGGUGGAGCAGACUAGGAGACCUAAGCAGAUGCCUUCGUUUUUCUAG